CUUUGCAAGUUAUGAACAUAGUCUCUGUGAUCUGUGGUGAAUAAUCGUGAUUGUUGUUUGUCAGUGUAUCUUCCUAUUUAGUGUAUUUUUUUCAUAUUAUUCAUUUUAUUGUCUAAAAAUUUUAUUGUUAUAAUAAAGGAUAAUGGAGUUUUCAUUAUUGAAGUGUUUUUGGUUUAAUUAAAAAUGACCGUGAUGAAGUUUUUGUUUCUUACAUUGUUUAUUUUCGAGUGGUGCGACUUUGUCUCACCAGAGGCUAAAGGUGGACAGGAAAGUACUGAGUUAUCUCAGAUAUUGGAUGACCGGCCCUUACUAUUUGCCACGUUAGGGGGUGGCAUGGUCGCUGUGGAACCUUUAACCGGAAAUAUUAUUUGGAAACUAAAAGAUGAACCGGUCGUGAAGGUGCCGCAGCAGCAUGCAAACCUAAUGCCACAGUUUUUGCCUGAUCCUCGACAUGGUUUCCUAUACAUGUACGGUCCACGUGGUGACCAGCAGAUGCUUAAGAAACUACCUUUUACGAUUCCUGAGCUGGUAGCGAAUGCACCAUGCCGAUCUACCGAGGGUAUAUUGUAUACAGGGAAGAAAAGUGACACAUGGUUCAGACUGGAUCCUUUGACAGGCUCAAGAGAACACGUCUCAGGUUUCGAUAAAUCUAAGAUAUUCAAAUCGGAUGACGAGGAAACAUGUGGCCCAGAGAAUAGUAGAGGUAUAUACGUCGCUCGCACAGAGUAUAAUAUUCUGAUGCAUGACUCGAAGAAUUCAAAUCACAAAUGGAAUGUUACAUUCUUUGAUUAUACAUCCCAUGCCAUGGGAAAAGAAAUGUUGAAUGAUUAUGGAAUAAUACACUUCACAUCGACUUCAAAUGGCCGGGUGAUGUCGUUUAACCGUAAAACAGGCGAUCUCGUCUGGUCGCAUAACUUCGAGACGCCAGUGGUGGCUGCCUACUUGCUAGAUAGGGAGGGUCUUAUAUCCGUACCCUUCAACUCUAUAGGGGAUGACACUCUAGACCACAUUAUGGAGGACGCUAAUACAUUGAGCAAAGGGCAGGGUAUAAAAAAUUCGAAUAUCGAAUUAUACCCGACGUUGUACGUAGGUGAGCAUAACCAUGGCCUCUACGCUCUGUCGUCACUCGUAGAUAAGAAUACUGUAACUAUAUCCACUGGUCACACACAGCCCUUGUUGAUCGAGGGCCCAGUAACUGAGGAUGCUAAUGCCGAUUCGCUUAAACAUGAACCAUUCACAAAUGUGCAUUAUAAACUGAACGACUUGAAUUUGCAUGUAUCAGCUCCGUACUUAUUGUUGGGACAUUACAAAGUGCCAGAGUUAACAACGUCCUGGAUUCCCCAACUGCCAAAUACACACAUCAUGAAUACUCAAGAACCGAAACAAGAUACAAUUAAAUUAAUUAAUGGACAAGUCCACUCGGACGCUGAGAAAGAUGUAGAAAAUGAGACUAAUCUGAAAUCGAAUUCGAUCAGCGUGUCGGUACAAACCGAGGAGUUAUUUGAAAAGUUCAGCUUUAGACCUGAUUUAUGGUACAAGCAGGGUUACAUAUGGCUUCACCAGCAAGAGAAUAAAGUUUUGAAAGUGGUCCUCAUCAUACUGGUCGGACUGGUCAUUACGCUGUUUUGGUAUCUCCGAUAUCAGGCUCGGGAGUUCCAACAACUGUCACAAGGUGGCUCCCGAGGCUCGACUGCCUCAACGUCCUCUAACGGCGAAGUGACUGGCCAACUGGUUGAGAUUGGCGAGGGGGAAGUACGCAUCGGCCGGAUCAGUUUCCACACUGAUCAGGUUUUGGGGAAGGGCUGUGAGGGUACUUUUGUGUAUAGGGGUACAUUCGAUAAGCGUGCGGUGGCAGUGAAGAGACUGCUACCCGAAUGCUUUACGUUCGCCGACCGCGAGGUGGCGCUGUUACGCGAGUCGGAUGCCCACGCGCACGUCGUACGCUACUAUUGUACCGAGCGAGAUAAGCAGUUUAGGUACAUUGCGUUAGAGUUAUGUUCAGCCACAUUACAAGACUAUGUGGAGAAGAAAUUAAACUUUGAGUGUCGGAUAGAUGGAGUGGAAGUGUUGAGGCAAGCCACCAUGGGAUUAUCUCAUUUGCAUUCUAUGGAUAUAGUGCACAGAGAUAUAAAACCGCAUAACGUAUUGCUGUCGAUGCCGACCGGUACUGGAGAGGUGCGUGCCAUGAUAUCAGAUUUUGGCCUCUCCAAGAAGCUCAAUAUCGGCCGCGUUAGUUUCUCGCGCCGCUCUGGUGUCACCGGUACCGAGGGCUGGAUAGCACCCGAGAUGAUUAAUGGGGAGCGGACGACUACAUCGGUAGAUAUAUUUUCUUUGGGCUGCGUGUUCUAUUAUGUACUGUCCAAAGGACAGCAUCCCUUUGGUGAUAUGUUAAGAAGGCAGGCGAAUAUACUCACAGGCGACUAUAACUUAGAUCAACUUGAUAAAGUGUUGCCAGAGGAGGAAGUGUUGUUGACAAAAAUACUCAUUCGCUCUAUGAUAUCAGCGAAGCCCCAUGCGCGGCCGCCUUGCGAGACUAUACUUAAAUAUCCAAUGUUUUGGGGCAAGCAGAGCAUACUAAAUUUUUUGCAGGACGUGAGCGACCAAGUGGAGAACUGUACGAGCGGCGCGGUGGGCGCUGCGCACCCGCUGGAGCGCGGCGCCCGCGGCGUGGUGCGCGGCGACUGGCGCGCGCACGUGUGCAGCCUGCUGGCCGGCGACCUGCGCGCGCGCCGCACCUACCGCGGCGACCGCGCCGCGCACCUGCUGCGCGCCAUACGGAACAAGAAACACCAUUACCGGGAGUUGGAAGCUGAAGUACGCGAGAAACUGGGGAAGAUACCCGACGGUUUCGUAACAUACUGGCUACGACGAUUCCCUCUUCUUUUACCGCACGUAUGGCUACAGAUGCAACAGUAUCGACACGAGGAUCUGUUACAAGGUUACUACCCACAUUCGUUCACAUUCAACAGAGAAGAUGUCAUUGAACUUAAUAGUGAAACUAAUUAUGAGGGAAAUUUAGCUUUAGAAUUGUGUGACUCUGAGAAAAAUGAACUAUUUGUUAAAAGUAAGAUAUAUUACGAUGAAAACGAUCGGGACAAAACAUUUAAGUAUUACAAGAAAGACGGCUCGCCUCAUAAGCGUGCUGACUGGAGAAGUGAAGCGAGAGAUUUCAAAACGAGACAGGAUGACGUUAGAUUAAGAGAUCGACAUAAUUACAAAAAGAAAGAGAAAAAGAAAGAAGAUAUGCCGGUUUGGACAUUGCCCCCAAAGUGAUAUAUAUAGGAGCACAAAUGUAAGUUUAUCUAGUCAGAAAAAUAAGAAUUGCCAUCAGUUGUUGCGGGCAACACUGGUUAUACUCUCUAAUAAGAAUUGAACUUUGUGUAUUCAUAAAUAUGGUUAGAAGUCAUUAGGCAGACAGUAACUUGCCAGUAAUAAAAAUUGUAUUAUCCGCAAUAUGGCGGAGGUAUUUGUUAUUUUAUGUAGAAUUAUGAUUCCAUUAAUAUGAUUAUAUGGCGUCUACAUAUUUACAGUAAAUAAAUAAAUAAAUAUGUAUGUAUUUAAUUUAUGAUGUUACCAAAUGGUAAUGUCUGUAGGCAUCAUUAAAUGUUUAUAAUUGCAUUUUUAUUUUUCUGAUCAGAUCGUAAUAUGUAUUACGCACAUAGUUAUUAAUGUUGGUAUUUGUAAUUAUUAUUUAUUGUAAAAUAUAGAGAAAAUUAUUAUAGGUAUUGAGAAAAUUAUUUAUUAAUUUAUAAGAAUUGUUAUAAUGACAAAAAAUUACGUACUUAUAGAUCAGAUCUCUAUUGUUUCCCAGUUAUAUGUGAUUUCUGUUUUUUUUUUUAUUUUUUCUUAUGUAUGAAUUCAUACCUGAUACGUGUGGUUGGAAGCUUGGGACCAAUUUGGAUGAUCAAAUAAUUUAAUUUUUUAAGUUUUUUUUUUUAUAUUCUAGCAAAUUAUCUUUUUUCAUCUGCUACAUUUUUAAAUUAGAUUUAAUGUGAUUUAAGUUGUCUAUUAAUGAGAAAAAUCUUAAUAUAUUAAAUUAGCCUUUAUAAAUGUUUUAUUAAUUUUUAAUGCAAUGUAUUUUUUAUAAAAGAGUUUUAAUUUGAAAUGCUUUUUAAUACGAUACAAUGACACAAUGACAAUCUAACAUGACUAUGUUGUAUGUAUGUAUAUAAGACUUGCUUCAGGAUAAGUGUUUGACAUUCCUAAAAAAUAGUCAUAAUAUUGAAGUACGAUUGUUGGUGCUAUGUUAUUUGUAAAGCUGAAAUGUGCAAAUAGAAUAAGUUUUUCAUAGAAUUAGUGAAGAGAUACUAACUAUGCACAGUGAUGUCUAUGUAUUUAUGUUCCUUGUUUUUACACAACUAACAAAUAUGAAUAGUUGGACUGUUAGAACAAUUGUAUAUAAAUUAAUUGGUAAUAUAUUUAAUAUUAUGUGUCAGUUUCCUUGUUUAUCACACAAAGAAGGUACAAGGAUACUAGUAACCUAUUCUUAUAAGGUUUGGUUAUUACAAAUAUUUUGUUUAAAUAGUCUCGCUUAAUUAAUUUGUCUAUUCUCUUUGGUAAUUUAACACUUCAUGUUCAUUGAAACAUAUUUUUUAUUUACAACUAGUAGUGUCUGAUAGUUUUUAUUAAAUAACUGUAAAUAGUUGUUUUGCUCCCAAUAUGUUACCUAUUGAGAGAAAAACUACUAUAUCUCAAGUAGGAGCAAAUAAUACCCAUUUACAAAAUUUUAUUAAAAUCAGUUGAGUGGGUUCGGACAUUAGUGUGAAUGAACAUCCGGAAUUGUUAUAAUAAUUAUUAAUUUUAAAACGGAAUAAUAAAUACAAGGUUCGUUGGUUUUGUAUUCCGUGGCCUACGUCCUUAGGGACCUGGAUACACAUAGAUCAUGUUAACAAUGUACAUAUUUUAGUGUAAAUGCACUUAUAAAAUAUGUAGUUUGAAGGUUAUAUAUAUCAGUUAUGUUUUUAGUAAGCAUCCUAGUAAAAGUAUCGAGUUAAUUCUCAACAGUCAUUGGCUUUAUAUAUGUAAUGUGUAUUUUAUGUUCUCUAUAACAUACAAUUUCAUUUGAAAAUAGAAUUUAUACACAGGUGAAAAAUGCUCAAAAUGUUUAUAUAUUUGUAUAUGAGUGGAAUAAAAUACAUGGAAAUUA